UCAGUUUCCACAGCUACGGCACGGUUCCAGUCAUUCCAUUCAGUCGGCUAAAAUCAUGGCGUCCGGCAGUACGGGGAGCAGGGUGUCCUGCGGGAGAGAUUUGAAUUGUGUGCCGGAGGUCGCGGACACUUUAGCUGCGGUCGCCAAACUUGGAUUUGACUUCCUCUGCAUGCCCCUGUUCCACCCGAGGUUCAAGAGAGAGUUUGAGUUGGAACCCGCGAAAACCCGACCCGGUGCCCAUACCCGAUCAGACCUGCUGCUCUGUGGAAGAGAUUGGAAUACUCUUAUCGUUGGAAAGCUCUCUCCAUGGAUCGACGCAGAUGCAGAAAUCGAGACAGAGCGCAGAAACUCAGAGGCUGCUCUGGCACAGGAGUUAAACUUCUCAGCCUACCUGGGUCUGCCUGUCUUCAUGAUCCCUCUAAGAGGCUCUAACUGUGCCAAUCUAGCCCGUCUGCUGCUAAACCACAUCCACACUGGACACCACACCUCAAAUUUCUGGAUUCGUGUCCCGCUGAUGGCAUCAGAGGACACACGGGAAGAUCUGAUUGAGAAUGAACCGAGUACUUGCAUUGAUGACACAAGUGUUGAUGAGAAGACCUGGAGCUGGUGGCACUCAUUUAGAACCCUUUGUGAUUACAACAAGAGGAUUUGUCUUGCUAUUGAACUUGGAGCGGACAUGCCGUCAGAGGCAGUGAUUGAUAAGUGGCUCGGGGAACCUGUCAAAGCAGCCAUACUUCCCACCAGCAUCUUCCUAACGAACAAGAAGGGCUUCCCUGUUCUGUCAAAAGCCCAUCAGCGAAUAAUCUUCAGCCUUUUCAAGUUGGAGGCCCAGUUCAUCUUCACAGGCACCAGUCGCCACACUGAGAAGGACUUUCGCUCCUACCUGCAGUACCUUGAAUACCUCAACCAGAACCGACCUGCACCCAAUGCCUACGAGCUCUUCGCAAAGGGCUAUGAAGACUACUUGCAGUCUCCCCUCCAGCCACUCAUGGACAACCUGGAGUCUCAGACUUAUGAGGUGUUUGAGAAGGAUCCGAUUAAAUAUUCCCAGUACCAAAUGGCUGUAUAUAAAUGUCUGCUUGACAGAGUUCCAGAGGAGCAGAAAGACACAAACGUUCAGGUGUUGAUGGUGUUGGGAGCAGGUCGGGGUCCCCUGGUCAAUGCAUCCCUGCGUGCUGCCAGCCAGGCAGACAGGAAGCUGAAGGUGUAUGCUGUGGAGAAAAAUCCUAAUGCUGUAAUCACGCUGGAGAAUUGGCGCUUUGAGGAGUGGGGCGAUCAGGUAACAGUGGUGUCAUGUGACAUGCGGGAUUGGGCAGCACCUGAGAAAGCCGACAUCAUCGUCAGCGAGCUGCUGGGAUCGUUUGGCGACAAUGAACUUUCUCCUGAGUGCUUAGAUGGAGCGCAGCACUUUCUCAAAGAUGACGGAGUGAGCAUCCCCUGUUCCUACACAUCCUUUCUGGCCCCCCUGUCCUCCUCCAAGCUUUACAACGAAGUACGGGGCUGCAGGGAACGUGACAAGGACCCAGAGUGCCAUUUUGAGACGCCCUACGUAGUGCGGCUCCAUAACUUCCACCAGUUGGCUGAGCCCAAACCGUGCUUCACCUUCAAACACCCCACGACAGAUAUGAACAACAACCGGUAUCAGUGCCUCAAAUUCUCAGUGGGUUGUAACUCGGUGCUCCAUGGUUUUGCUGGCUACUUUGAGACCACGCUGUACAAAGAUGUCACACUCAGUAUAAAACCAGAUACACAUUCACCUGGAAUGUUCUCCUGGUUCCCCAUCCUGUUCCCCCUCAAACAACCUAUCUCCAUAUGCCGAGAUGAUGAUGUCACAGUGCGAUUUUGGCGCUGCAACAACGGGAAGAAGGUGUGGUACGAAUGGGCCGUGACCGAGCCCUCCUCCUCUGCCAUUCACAAUCCAGCAGGGCGCUCCUACACCAUUGGCCUGUGAAGAUGAUGCAUCAGCACGUCCGUCUACAGGCAUACACACACGUUUCUGUUAGACUUGGUGGCAGUUAAAGUGAAGGUUGUCCUGGUUCUUCGGGCGUACACACACGUUUCUGUUAAAGUUGGUGGCACUAAAAGUGAAGGUGUCUUGGUUCUUUUUAUAUAUACAGUUAAAACCUGGACUUGUGGUGCAAAACUCCUAUGUGCGGUCGGGGUUUUAAAAUUACCAGUGGUGGGCACUUUUAGCCAGCUAUGAAGAAGCUGAUUGGAUAAACCAGAUUUUUCAGUUUGUGUUUUUGAAGUCUGUUUUCAGCAGGCAUGGACUAUCACCUGUACACAAAGUGUAUUAUUGCUGUGAGAUUGUCUCCUUCAGAUUAGGUCAAACACCUCGCCACUGGUUUAUUUUUUAAUGUCGUCUCUUCCCCCUACUGUUCUGAACAGGUGUUGCAGACAUACAUACUCAAUCCAACAGGACCUUUGCCUUAUCAAACACAUUCCAUCCCAAUACUUAGAUGCUGAUGAAAUACCCUUCUCCUCUACACAAGAGGGGCAGAGGAAGGUUACACUAUUCAGGUCACACACCGUAUUGUUUGGGGGCCGUCUGUUCAUACCGUUUGUUAUUUUGUUUAUGUAUGUUUGAACCAUGUCAAUAAAAACAACACUGUAAUGUU